UCCCAGUGCGGUGGUCGCCGAGCGGGGAGGGAGCGGAGCAGCGCGGAGAAGCCGCAGCCGCGGUGUCGCCGCCGCCGCGGGAGCCGGCGAGGGGCCAGUGCCACCGUCUCUCGCCCCCUCACUACCAUGUACAGCGUGCGCUGCAAGAAGAAGACGGGCGAGGCGCGCACACCCGGGCGCCCGGCUCCCUCUGGCUCGUCCUCGGGCGUGCGCCACUGACCAGGGGGGGCGGAAUGUGGUGAAGAAGGAGAGGAGGAAAGACUGAGGGGGGAGGGGAGGGCCGGCCCGCGCCAACCCAGGCCCCGGGGUGCGAGGAGCCAGAGGCGACUGGAGGGGGCGGCGGCUACAGCUGGGUCGGAGAAAGUUGCCCCCCUACCCCCCGGUGCAAAUGGGAAGUGUAAGUACCCACCCUGGGAGGGGGGAGAGGUGAGGACUAGGGUGCCGGGGACCCCGCCGAUCGCGCACCCCAGCGCGGGUGGGUGUGAUUGUGCAAGCGAGCGUGAGUGUGAGCCGGGUGCCAGCGCUCGCCCAGGCUGACCGUCACGUUGGCGGAGCCGGCGGGGCCCGGCUGGCUUCCUUCUCCCCGCGGCCCCCCGCCUCCCGCUCCGCGCUCUCCCUUACCGCCCCGCCCGGCUCGGGCUCCCAGCCCCUACCGCGAGGCGCCUCUCCUCCCCCUCCUCCCCUCCCACCGUUGGCGAUCUCCCCCCCCCCCUUCCCGCUUCCUCCACCCCCCCCCCCCCAAACCCCGCUGCCCGCUCCGACUACCGCGGAGAGCGCCGGGGAGAGCCGUUUGGGGAGCCCCGGAACCCGCGGUCGCCACCGCGGCGGCGGCCCGGGGCUGGCGGCGUCCAGGCGCCGCUCUCCUCCAGCGGUUCACCCCGCGCUGCUGGCGGCUUUCUCUCCGCCUGGGCUUCAAAAGCCCAGUGCACGGUCCUAAGGAUGGCUCUGAUGAGUGGGCCCCAGAGAUGCGAGACGGGGAGGUAAAAUGCACACUUGCUGCCCCCCAGUAACUUUGGAACAGGACCUUCACAGAAAAAUGCAUAGCUGGAUGCUGCAGACUCUAGCAUUUGCUGUAACAUCUCUCGUCCUUUCGUGUGCAGAAACCAUCGAUUAUUAUGGGGAAAUCUGUGACAAUGCAUGUCCUUGUGAAGAAAAGGACGGCAUUUUAACUGUGAGCUGUGAAAACCGGGGGAUCAUCAGCCUCUCUGAAAUCAGCCCUCCCCGAUUCCCAGUCUAUCACCUCCUCUUGUCUGGAAACCUUCUGAACCGACUCUAUCCCAAUGAGUUUGUCAAUUAUACAGGGGCUUCGAUUUUGCAUCUGGGUAGCAAUGUAAUCCAAGACAUCGAGACGGGGGCUUUCCAUGGGCUGCGGGGUUUAAGGAGGUUGCACCUGAACAAUAAUAAACUGGAACUUCUGCGCGAUGAUACUUUCCUUGGCUUGGAGAAUCUGGAAUACCUACAGGUCGAUUACAAUUACAUCAGUGUCAUUGAACCCAAUGCUUUUGGGAAACUGCAUUUGUUGCAGGUGCUUAUUCUCAAUGACAAUCUCUUGUCAGGUUUACCCAAUAAUCUUUUCCGUUUCGUGCCCUUAACGCACUUGGACCUGCGGGGAAACCGACUGAAGCUUCUGCCCUAUGUGGGCCUGUUGCAGCACAUGGAUAAAGUGGUGGAGUUACAGCUGGAGGAAAACCCCUGGAAUUGCUCUUGUGAGCUGAUCUCUCUCAAGGAUUGGCUGGACAGCAUCUCCUACUCCGCCCUGGUGGGGGAUGUGGUUUGCGAGACCCCCUUCCGCUUACAUGGCCGGGACUUGGAUGAGGUAUCCAAGCAGGAACUUUGCCCCAGAAAACUGAUUUCAGACUAUGAGAUGAGGCCACAAACGCCUUUGAGCACCACGGGGUACCUGCACACCACUCCAGCCUCCGUGAAUUCCGUGGCUACUUCUUCCUCUGCUGUUUACAAACCCCCCUUGAAACCUCCUAAGGGGACCCGCCAACCCAACAAGCCCAGAGUACGCCCCACCUCUAGGCAGCCCUCUAAGGACUUGGGCUACAGUAACUAUGGCCCCAGCAUUGCCUACCAGACCAAAUCCCCGGUGCCUUUGGAGUGUCCCACCGCGUGCACUUGUAAUCUGCAAAUCUCCGACCUGGGCCUCAACGUCAACUGCCAGGAGCGCAAGAUCGAGAGCAUUGCCGAGCUGCAGCCCAAGCCCUACAACCCCAAGAAGAUGUAUCUGACGGAGAACUACAUCGCCGUGGUGCGCAGGGCCGACUUCCUCGAGGCCAUGGGGCUGGACCUCCUGCACCUGGGGAACAACCGGAUCUCCACGAUCCAGGACCGAGCCUUCGGGGAUCUCAGCAACCUGCGACGCCUCUACCUGAAUGGCAACAGGAUCGAGAGGCUGAGCCCAGAGUUGUUUUACGGCCUCCAGAGCCUGCAGUAUCUCUUCCUGCAGUAUAAUCUCAUCCGCGAGAUUCAGUCUGGAACGUUCGAUCCAGUCCCCAACCUCCAGCUGCUAUUCCUGAAUAACAACCUGCUGCAGGCCAUGCCCUCGGGGGUCUUCUCUGGCCUCACGCUGCUCAGGUUGAACCUGAGGAGUAACCACUUCACCUCUUUGCCCGUGAGUGGCGUCUUGGACCAGCUAAAGUCGCUCAUCCAAAUCGACCUGCACGACAACCCGUGGGAUUGUACGUGCGAGGUGGUGGGCAUGAAGCUGUGGGUGGAGCAGCUCAAAGCGGGCGUCCUGGUGGACGAGGUGAUCUGCAAGGCGCCCAAGAAGUUUGCCGAGACCGACAUGCGCGCCCUCAAGUCGGAAUUGCUGUGUCCAGACUAUUCCGACGUGGUGGUUUCCACGCCCACGCCCUCGUCCAUCCAGGUCCCCGCCAGGACCAGCGUGGUGACCCCGGGGGUGCGCUUGAACAGCACCGGGCCCCCCGCGGGCUUGGGGGCCGGCGGAAGGGCCUCGUCGGUGCCCUUGUCGGUGUUGAUCCUCAGCCUGCUGCUGGUGUUCAUCAUGUCCGUCUUCGUGGCCGCGGGUCUCUUCGUGCUGGUCAUGAAGCGCAGGAAGAAGAACCAGAGCGACCCCACGAGCACCAACAACUCGGACGUGAGCUCCUUCAACAUGCAGUACAGCGUGUACGGCGGCGGGGGCGGCGGCGGCGGCGGGGGCGGGGGCGGCGCGGGGGGCCACCCGCACGCCCACGUGCACCACCGCGGGCCCGCGCUGCCCAAGGUGAAGACGCCCGCGGGCCACGUGUACGAGUACAUCCCCCAUCCCCUGGGUCACAUGUGCAAAAACCCCAUCUACCGAUCGCGGGAAGGCAACUCGGUGGAGGAUUACAAAGACCUGCACGAGCUCAAGGUCACCUACAGCAGCAACCACCACCUGCAGCAGCCGCCGCCGCCGCCGCCGCCGCCGCAGCCCCAGCCGCCGCCCCCGCCGCAGCUGCAGCUGCAGCCCGGGGACGAGGAGCGGCGGGAAAGCCACCACCUGCGCAGCCCCGCCUACAGCGUCAGCACCAUCGAGCCCCGGGAGGACCUGCUGGCGCCCGUGCAGGACGCGGACCGCUUUUACAGGGGCAUUUUAGAGCCCGAUAAACACUGCUCCAGCACCCCCGCGGGCAACAGCCUGCCGGAGUACCCCAAGUUCCCCUGCAGCCCUGCUGCUUACACUUUCUCCCCCAAUUAUGACCUGAGACGCCCCCAUCAGUAUUUGCACCCGGGGGCCGGGGACAGCAGGCUGCGAGAACCGGUGCUCUACAGCCCCCCGAGUGCUGUGUUUGUAGAACCCAACCGGAACGAGUAUCUGGAGUUAAAAGCUAAACUAAACGUUGAGCCGGACUACCUCGAAGUGCUGGAAAAACAGACCACAUUCAGUCAGUUCUGAGAGCAAGGACCCUCCGUGGGAGCGUUGGCAUUGAAACCCCACAAGCAAGCAGACACACGCAAACACACACACACACACAGUGAACACGUUGGAUUCAUUGUGUUGUUUCCACGUUUAGGGUGAAGUGCCUUGGCACGGGGCUUCUCCGUUUCCGCGGAAGACAACGGAAAGGGUGUGCAAAUUCCUUUUUCAUUUGACCACGCGGGAACCCAUGUGUGUCCACUGGGCACAUCGCUUCUCUUCUGGUGUGCUGGGGAGGAGAGAAGGGCUUUGUGGACGGCCGUGUGCAUGGGAGGUCUUAGGGAAGUCACAGGAAGUUGGUGGUUUUUGUUUUCUUUUUGGGGGGUGGGGAGGUAGGAGUGUUGGAAGUGCUGCGGGAUUGGAAUAGUGGGCGUGGCUAGGCUCCACCUUCCCACAUCUUCCCGCCCUUCCUUCCCCUCACCCCACCGUCCCCCCUGAAAGCCAUGGGUGGGCCUAAAUGGCUUUGAUGGAGAUAUUAACACCUCCCUCCCUCAGCUUUACUAGGAAGUUUAUUCUCUUUCUCUGCCACCCCCCCCCCUUCCCUCUCACCUCCCUUCUUACUCUGUUUCUUUGCUUUUAAAGGAUGUGUUUGUAUGCAUUCUGGACAUUUGAAUUAAACAACACAGCAACAAGGAAAGUGUUGUGAUCCAAAAAUAAGAGAAAAAAAUU